AUUCUUUUUAUUGGUUGUCGUUUGAGUUUUUUUUUGUUUUUGUCUGUUUCCCCUUUCGUUCUAAAACAAGGAGCUCUGUUUCGCUCAGAUUAAUAUGCUGCAUCUUUUACCUGAUAGUGACACAGCUUGUGAACCGAAGUUGUCGGCUUAGGAAACUGAUAAAAAAAAAACCGACAGAUCGAAACAGCCUCGACAGUAAGUCCUGUAACAAGACGACAAGGAGUUAAACUCAAUUUCAAGUCACGGGCCCACCAUAACUUCAGUUGUAGAAAAGAUGAAUAGGGACUUAAAAUGUUGGAAGGAAGCAGCUACUGUGAUCUUGGCUUCUGCUGUCCGAAAUUGCUUUGUGAAUAAAAAUGCCACCAGUACACAGACCUGUCGACCUCCACUUUUGGUGCCUAAACGAGCGAGAAAUGUGACUCAGUCAUGGUUGGAGACGGUUGUGUUCGAUUAUACCGUGCUUAUGUUGCAGCGGAGUGCAAAAAGCAGCUUCAUGCCUCACGCUCAGGUGUUCCCAGGAGGUACAAUCAGCCCGUCUGAUUUUUCCAAUGAGUGGAUCCAGAUGUUCCAGCCAUUUUGCAAGCCACCCAACUUUGAACUAGGUACAGUCAGGCAAACUGCCAAAAGACCACCAAUCCUUGCAAUGGACAGGGGAAGGUUAGGAUCUGAAAUCCCUGGAGAGGUAGCUUUCCGUAUUUGUGCCAUUAGGGAAACGUUUGAAGAAUCAGGGAUUCUACUUGUGAAGCCAAAAGCCCCAGGUAAAUGUUUGAAAGGGCAAGGGGCGAUUACACUUACACAGUACGAUCAAAAGGAACUUGCGAAAUGGAGGCUACUUGUGCAGAAAAAUGCAGAAAACUUUAUAAGUCUCUGCAGAGAGCUGAACUGUAUACCAAAUAUCUGGGCAUUGAAGGAGUGGAGUAAUUGGUUGACCCCCACUUUUUUGGGGGGAAAGAGGUUUGAUACUGUGUUCUUCAUCUGUUGUUUGCAAGAGAUUCCUUUCACACUGCAUGAUGGUUAUGAAACUGUCCAAUACAACUGGAUGUCCCCUCUUGAUUUUAUUCAGGGCUUUAAUUUGGGGAAAUUCAUUGUUCCUCCCCCUCAGUGGUAUGAGCUGAGCAGACUCUGCCAAAUACCCUGUUUCCAAGAUCUGCAGCAGUUCAGUCAAGAUCGUGCACUGGAAGGUUGUGAGCAAUGGUUUCCAAUUCACCUGGUUGCUUCUGAUGGCUAUGCAUUUCUAUAUCCUGGGGAUGAACUUUAUCCAGAGGAUCCAGAUUACACUGGGGAAAAGGAGAUAAACAUCAAUUCCUCGAAAACUCUGGAACAAUUGCGGCUGGAGGUUACCAGACUGCACCGAAUAGAAUGGAGAGAUCGAUAUUUUACUCUUUAUGUGAAUAUUGAGCCCCAGUAUAAACAUGUCCACCCACUAACGAUGAACAUGCAAUUCAACAGUAAUUUGUGAAUUGUUUGAUUAGUAUUCAAAAAAUUCUGUCUGAAAAAAGUAUGAGUGUUCUUGAAAA